AUGAUUAACUCAACACAACUCACGUCAUUUAUCCUAGCUGGAUAUAGUGACAUUGGACACUUAAAGUACUUGUAUUUCAUUAUAAUAACUGUGUUAUACGUCUCCAUAGUUUUUGCGAACACAGUGCUUAUUGUGGUAAUAUGUAUGGAGAGAAGCCUUCAUGAACCCAUGUAUCUGUUUCUGUGCAGCUUGUUUGUGAAUGACAUGUAUGGUAGCACUGGUUUGUUUCCUGCUCUCAUGACUAAUUUGCUUUCAGAUGACCAUACAGUUUCCACUGUGUACUGUUACCUACAGAUAUUUGUCUUGUACACAUAUGGAUCUAUUGAAUUCAGCAAUUUAGCAGUCAUGUCCUACGACAGGUACCUUGCUAUAUGUUAUCCACUACAGUAUAACGUCAUCAUGACACCCAGCAAGGUGUGUAUUUUAAUUUGUGUAAUAUGGUUGUACUCUUUUGCAAAAUUCAGCAUAACACUGUCUUUAACUAUUCGUUUGCAAUUGUGUGGGAACAUUAUGGACAAAGUGUAUUGUGACAACUACCUGGUAGUGAAACUUGCCUGUUCAAGUUCAGACACGACAGUUAAUAACAUCUAUGGACUCUACAGUAUUGUUUUGUCUGUCGCUGUCCCUUUAAUUACUAUUGUGUUGUCGUAUAUUAAGAUUCUGACUAUUUGUUUGAAAUCUUCCAUCGAGACCAGACAGAAAGCUUUCAGCACCUGUACUCCUCAUCUGGCCUCGCUGCUCAACUUCUCUUUCGGCUGUUUCUUAAAUCUCCUCCAGAGUAGAUUUGAAAAGUCUAUGAGAAAUGUUGGAAUUGUACACACUAUUUUAUCAGUUUACUAUCUGAUGUGCCAGCCACUUUUAAAUCCUAUUGUGUAUGGAGUUAGGAUGGCUAAAAUCAGACAGGCUUAUAAAAACACACUACCUCUCCACGGGGCCCAGUUCUUCACCAAACUGGACCUGCGGAGUGCCUACAAUCUCAUCCGCAUCCGGGAGGGGGAUGAGUGGAAGACUGCGUUCAGCACAAUGUCUGGUCACUACAAGUAUUUGGUUAUGCCCUUUGGCUUAGCCAAUGCUCCGUCAGUGUUCCAGGCAUUCGUCAACAAGGUGUUCAGGGACAUGAUCAGACAGCAGGUGAUUGUAUACAUCGAUGACAUUCUGAUCUUCUUGACCAACCUGAAAAAUCACAUCACCCACGUUCGAGCAGUCCUGGAACGCCUCUUGGUCAAUCACCUGUUCGUCAAGGCAGAGAAGUGCCAAUUCCACCAGAGGGAUGUAUCCUUCUUGGGUUACCAAAUCAUCCCGCAGGGAGUAAAACUGGAGGACAAGAAGGUAGAUGUGGUAAGGUCAUGGCCAGUCCCAACCACCAUGAAGGGGUUACAAUGGUUUUUGGGGUUUGCUAACUUCUACCUCCACUUCAUCAGGAACUUCAGCGCCGUCGCCGCCCCUCUCACCUUCCUCCUCAAGGGUCGGCCUCAUAGGCUGGUGUAG